AUGUCCUGCAGGCUCGAUGAUACCGGCGAUUUUCCAUGGGAAGCCGACGGUGCCGAUACUCCCGAUGCAGUCGUCUUGGACCUGUCGACCAUGGAAAUGGCCGACGCGCGCCGGGCCGUCGGCAGUUGUCGGGAGCGGAAGUUGCCGGUGGUGGCGGCACUUCCCAAGGACGCCAUUGGGCGCUAUGACCCCACCCUGAACCCGGAUGACCUCCUGAUCUGCCCCACGUCAGACGACGAACUUACGUUGCGGAUGCAACAGGUGGUUUUCCGGGUCAACGGACCCUCAGGCUCGCAGACCCUGUCCAUCGGGGAUCUCAGCAUUGACCUGGAACGUUACGAGGUCUCCGUGGCCGGCCGCCGCGUGACCCUGACCUACAAGGAGUUCCAGCUCUUGUCACUGCUGGCCUCCAACCCCGGCCGCGUCUACACCCGCGAAGCUCUGCUAAGCCAGGUCUGGGGCUACGACUAUCUCGGCGGUACGCGCACGGUCGAUGUGCAUGUGCGACGGCUGCGUUCAAAGGUGGAAUCGCCCGGCCGCUCCUUUGUGGAAACCAUCUGGAACGUCGGCUACCGUUUCAAGGCUCCGGGCUGA